GCUAUACCAACACCAACCAAGCGAGAUAGUACUAAACACACCACGGCGAUCGCUGCCGGAGUCACAGUUCCAAUAGGUGUCAUCAUGCUAGCUGCAGCCUUGUUCUACUUCAGGAAAGGCCUAGCAGCACUCCUAUGUCUUGAACGACCUUCGAAGAAACAGGUCCUGGACCCAAAUUCUCCGCCACCAGACCCACCCACACCGGCUCCAACGUAUCCCAAGCAGGCCUAUCGCACUAUACGUCCCCCACGGGCACGAGAUUCGCUAGAAAUAGCUACCGGUCGAGAAAUUUGUCAGGCGCUGUCGCCUAUUUCGCCAGCUUCGCCUACUUCAACUUUAAGGAACCUACCCACUUCGCUAUCUGAGCGAGCGAUGAAUGCGUUCCACUUCUCGUUCCAUCGAUAGAUAGCAGUAUUCGAUAACACGUGUCGUAUAAUGAUCAUGCC